UGGAACCUGUUCUGACUUUCUUUUGAGGUUUCGACUACACAGUAAAAGAAGUGUACGUUGGACCCCAUACUACCAAUUUAGGCUGGCACCAUGAGUUCGAAUUCAAUCAAAGAUAUUUCCAAAGAUCUCAAAACUGAAGUCGUCGUUCGUCAAUCAACAGAAAGAGCUGAAUGGGAGGAGUUGCUCCGCCUCACCAAUGAGGAGAACUGGAACUACACGAUCUCCGACUUCGAAGUCUAUUUCAGGUGCGACCCGGAAGGUGUCUUCGUGGCACUGAUUGAUGGAAAACCUGUGGGUUUUACGGUAGCCAUUAACUGGAGCGACGAGAUCGCAGUGGGAGGGUUGUCCAUCGUCAACAAAAGGUACAGGGGACAAGGAAUAGGCAAAGCUUUGUGGUCGGAAAGAAUAAAGCACAUCGGGGACAGGAGCUUUAUGCUCUUCUCCGUGCAAAACAGAGUCGAGGCCAACAUGAGGUUAGGAUUCAAGGUCGAACUAUGCCGAAUGCACAUUAUGUGUGGAAAAGUUAAUAAAAAAACUAUAUCCGUGUCGCGUGCUGGAAUUGAUCACCACUGUAUUGUACAUUUUAAGGAAGGACAUUUUGAUCGGAUCCUUGCCUAUGAUAACUUGAUCCAUUAUAUCAAACCCCGUGAGGCUUUUCUCAGGUUAUGGUUUGCCAAGGACGAGGCAAGGGUCGCAGUCGCAAUGACUGGUGAUCGAGUGGUGGGUUAUGGGUGCAUCUACCCGACUAGUGAAGGUUACAUAAUCGGGCCCUUGUACGCCGAUGCUGGUGACAUCGCUGCUGACCUGCUCGGUAGGCUCCUGGAGACUGUUCCCGAACCAGAACCGGAAAUAUCCAUGUUCGUCUUCAACGACAAUGCAGGAUUCCAGCUCGCGAAAGAACUAAAUAUGUCUUUUCGGUCACAAAAUGAUGCAGCAAUGUGUACGAAGAAAAUUCGGUAUAAGACGGACCAAAUUUAUGCAACUUUUGGUCCAUCAUUGACAUUUGUGUAGGGCCGUUAUGAUAGACACCACUGUGAUAUGUAAGGGCGGUUUCGGCAUAUACCACUGGCAAAAGGUGCAGAGAAGAUAAGGACCGGUGUGACAGCGGAUAUAGUCCCCCUGGAGUCGUAGUCCGGUAGCAUUGUAUUUGACCAAUUAAGCAGCAUGAUCUAUUGUACCGUUAACCCGAACCAAAACAUUUAGCAAUGCGGGCUAUUGUUACACGGACUAUCAGCCCUAGGACUACUAUCCCCGCCACACCGGCGUUCCUGGUUUUUGCUCUCACACCAAUGUCAUCAGGACAAUGAUUAGAACGUCUUCGCAAUUGCUUGUUAGAGACUGUCGCCUAGUAGAGUGUGGGACAGAGCUCAUUGCCUCAAUCAGGUGUCACUGGUGGUAGAACCUCCCAUGGGCAGAAAGAAGGGAGCACGUCGUGGACAUUUUCUCUCAGCACUUACAAAUGAAUAAGACUGUGCAUAGAAGUAUAUAGUAAUAAUCUGUAAUCUAUUCUAACUUGUCGAGAAUACAUCGUGUACAAUUUAAUUUGUGUAUGAUAUAUACAUUAUAAGCUCAUCCUAGAAUAUAAAAUUGAUUCUCCAGCGCAAGUUCAGUGUGAAUCAGGUUUAAGUACUAUCUCAUGCCUUAGCUUUGAGUUGCCUAUAACAGUCUUCACAAAAUGCAUCCAUGUAAGGCAGGUAGAUUAUAUAUAUAGAGCUCUAAAAUGAAUUAUUCAACAAAAGCAGUCCUUGAAUUCAUGUGAUUAUAUGCAUGCAAAAACUAAGUUCUGUAUAACCCAA